GGUGAAAACAUUUGGUGGCUAACGUUAGCUGAAAUUUAAUCUCCGUCGCUCAGUUAUCCACACGACGCUCAACUUUGAAGCAAGAUAAAUAAUAUCCUUUAUUUUCCCGUUCUAUGCAUUAGGAUUAACAGAAAUCCCGGAACACAAUGGAUGGUGAGGAGAGAACCUACGGUGGCUGUGAAGGGCCAGAUGCCAUGUAUGUGAAACUCAUCUCCUCAGAUGGCCAUGAGUUUAUUGUGAAAAGAGAACAUGCCUUGACAUCUGGAACCAUCAAAGCUAUGUUAAGUGGGCCAGGUCAGUUUGCAGAGAAUGAAACCAAUGAGGUGAACUUCCGGGAGAUCCCAUCUCACGUCCUUUCCAAGGUCUGCAUGUAUUUUACCUACAAGGUCCGUUAUACCAACAGCUCCACAGAAAUCCCCGAGUUCCCCAUCGCUCCUGAGAUUGCUCUGGAACUGCUCAUGGCUGCAAACUUUUUGGAUUGUUAAAGUUACAAGAAAAAAAAAGUGGUGAAAACAUGAAACUGUUUAGUUUCUUCCUUUUUUUGUUAAGUAUUUAAUUGUUAUACCAUUUGUUUCAUAUUAUACAUUUUUGCUCCUUGUCUUCUGUUAUGGUUUCCCUUGUAUUACUGAGAAUGUCAUUUAAACAUGGAAGCCAGAAAAGGGGGUAAUUGCACCUUUCCCCACAGAAAUGUCCUCACCUCUGAAUAUAAAUAAAGAUCCAUUUGCUGAA